GGAAAGAGUCCAGCGCUGCCCCCUGCUGGAUGAUCCACAGCUGCCCUCAGGAGCUCUGAUAGACCAGCCCAAACACCUGGGCAACCUGACCUUCAACAUCUGGAACAACAUGAAGGACAUGGUCUCCUACACUCCUCUCAUUCUGGACCCAAAUACUGCUUAUCCACAACUCAUCCUGUCUGAAGAUCUGACCAGUGUGAGACGAGGAGGAGAGAGGCAGCAGCUUCCUGAUAAUCCAGAGAGGUUUGACUAUUACUUCUCUGUCCUGGGCUCUGAGGGCUUUAAGUCAGGGACUCACAGCUGGGAUGUUGAGGUUGGAGAUGGUACAGGGUGGUUACUAGGUGUGUUAGCAGAGCCUGUGCAGAGGAAGGGAAACAUACAGUCUGGAUUGUGGGGAAUAUUCUUCUAUCAAGAUAAAUACUCAGCACGCUCACCAUCAGCUCCUCUAACUGCUCUCUCAGUACAGAAGAAGUUCCAGAGGAUCAGAGUGAAUCUGGACUGGAACAGAGGAAAGCUGUCGUUCUCUGAUCCUGAUACUAAAACACACAUACACACCUUCACACACACUUUCACUCACACGAUGUUUCCAUACAUUCAAACUGGUGGUAAAGUGAACGUGUGUCCGUUGAAGGUGUCAGUGUCAGUGGAGCAGAUGAGUUGAGGAUGAUGAUAUUUCUAAUGUUGUUUCCUGUCAGUGAAUUGAAGCUGUUAAACUGCAGCUGUCCUCCUGCUGCCUCGUUGUUCCAA